AUGUCUAAAUCUUCUUCUUCAAACUAGGAUGACUAUCAGCUUAAAUUUCUUCAAGGCUUGCUUACUUCUUGAUUGUCUAAUAGUCUAGCUUCUGUCUCCAAAUGAACACUAUAGAACAACAUAGAAACUCUUUUCGUCUUUUCUUGCUCGAAAAAAACAAUAAGGGCAACAGGUAUAGAGAGAAUGUGGCUGUAUUUACAUAUGUUAUAAGGAAAGGCUUAUUAUAUUUCAAGUCUGCAAAAAUAUUCUUUUGUCAAGAUCAGUUGUGGUUAUUGUAGAUUGCAGCCUUACGUUCAUUACAAAAGAAGAAGCUACCCAUAUAAAUACAACAGCCAAUAGAGCUAUAACACCAGCCAAGUAUCUUCUUUGAGACUGGUGUUGUGUAUCUGACAUAUCGUUUU